CGAAGAGAUUUCGACCAUGUUCCAGACCCUGUGCGAGAAGUUGGAUGCGCUUAGCAACUUCCACUAUACACCAAAGGCACCAAAGCCAGAGAUCACUGUGGUCAGCAAUGCUGCAGCUAUUUCUAUGGAGGAUGUGACACCCGUCAAUGUGUCGGAUGCUACCCUGUUUGCUCCCGAGGAAGUGUACGACAAGAAGCGCAAUGUGAUCAAGAGCUCAACAGAAAUGGAGCAGGACGAACGCAGACGCGCAAGAGCAAUGAAGAAGAAGUUGGCCAAGAAGGAGAAGGAUAUCAAGGAGCGCGAGUUGAAACUUAUCCAAAAGAACAACCCCAAUGUUGGAAGCAGACAAGCCAAGACAAAGGCUGUCAAGGAAUUGUUGGGACAAAAGAAUGUUACUGUCAUCAACAAGGAUGGCAAGAAGAUCAGUACAAAGGACAAGCCUAUUUCUUCAGCUUCUCUUUUCUAGACAAAAAUAUAUAUAUAUAUAUAUACAAAAUGUUAUUAUUAUUAUUAUUAUUAUUAUUAUUUCUUUACAUUCACUCUAUUUUCUUUAUCCACAUUGCAUUCAAUUGUUCUUUCUUUCUAUAUUGAUUUAUUAAAUACUAUAUAUUCAACCAUAAAAAUAAAAAAUAAAAAGAACUAUUGAUUUUUC